GCAGUGGGUGCACGAUGCGGAAGAGGAACUCCGUCUCGAUCGUAUGCAACCCUCAACGGAGGCAAACUGUGUCGGGGGUUGCCCCGAAACUAGGUCACAGACGUCAAAAUACCCCUUCAAUGAUCCAAUGGGCAUUUAGAAUUAAUUAGUUUACAUCAGGUAUUUUUUUAGGUAAAGUGCAUGAAACGCUUCCCAGUCGUAGCCGCAACCUGAAUGCAUGCACGCACUCACCACUCUUGGAGAAGACCAGCAAGUUUAAAUGGUCUGAAGCACCACCACCACCAUCACCAUGGCUAGCAAUGUCCCCGAGGUUAGUUUCUGCUGUGAGAUAUGUGGUCUGGAGGGCCUCACAGAGGAGGAUUUCCGAGUGCACACGCACACGGCGCACGUGAACGGUCACGCCGUCUGCCCCUUCUGCCAGCUGGGGUCCAUAUCACCCUCCGAGCUGCUGCUGCACGUCAACCAGGCCCACCUGGACUUCCUCACACCAGAAUCUGAACUCAACAUGACUUUCAUAGACGAUGCAAGCCCCAGUGAUUUCAGUGGUAGCACAAAUGGGGAGUGCAGCGGGAACUGGAACGGCAGGGCCCUCUCGAACUGCAACAGUCAUGCCUCCUCCAACAACAUCAACAAUAUCAAUCUGAAAAGUCCCAAGCAUAGUUUAGUGAACGGCGGCGGCGAAUUGAGUCCGAAGAAUUCCUCGACUCAUGGCCAGGGUUCACCUCUUAGGUCCAGUCUUAAUCUCAAGCUGAAGAACGCCUCUCCAACCCUACAAUGUCCAAUGUGUAAUUAUACUAGCGGUAGUCCAACGGAAUUAGAAGAACAUAUUAAUAGACAACACUUCGACUUGACCUCGCCGUCGGUGGGCGGAUCGACGGGCGAAGUGUUCCCGUGUCCGCUCUGCUCGAAGUCGUUCAAUUCUGCCCCAGAUCUCGAAUUGCAUGUAAACAUCGAGCACAAAGAUGUUCUUUCGCCGGCCUCCUCGGCCGCCUACUCCUGCCCCGUCUGCGGCAUUACGCUCGACGAAAAUGGUGAACUUGCUUCGAGGCAUGUCGAGUCGCAUUUUCCUGCCACGUCUCCGGCCCCGGUGGACAGGGAAGCCCUCAGGAAGCGAGAGGAGCGCGAGUUUGAGCUGCUGCGAGCCCAGUAUGGCAUGGAUGACCAAGGGAACUUCCGAGAGCAGUCGGUAACGAAUAUGCAGAGGGCCGUUUAUGCAGGCGAAAUGUCCGUUGCUGAUUACUACGAACGCACGCUCGAUUUGAAAGCGGCGGAAAGCUGCGGCGUCGACGAUGGUAGUUCCGUGACGAGGACCAUCGUGCCUCGCGUCAAGGCGAUGAGUUUCAACGCGACGAACGUGGUGCGAACGGUGACGUGCACUUGCGUCGAUCACUACGCUUCCUCUUACGGUGACAGAGGCUGGGGCUGCGGCUACAGGAACACGCAGAUGCUCAUCUCCAGCCUGCUCACGCACACCGGCUACAACGAGCGGCUCUACAAGCUGUGGAAGGAUCAGAGACCACCCAGGAGUUCCGUGCCCAGCAUAUCACGUCUGCAGAGUCUGAUCGAGUUGGCUUGGUCGCAAGGCUUCGAUAUACAGGGCUCCGAGCAACUGGGUAGCAAACUGGUGAAUACGCGGAAGUGGAUUGGGGCUACCGAAGUGGUAACCCUCCUCGCCUUCCUGCGCAUUAAAUGCCAGCUGAUCGACUUCCAUAGGCCGACGGGCGCCGGCGGAAGCCAUCCCGAACUCUUCCGAUGGGUCCUCAAAUACUUCGAAGGCUGUCCCAAUGGUGAUUUCGUCGCGCCACUUUACUUGCAGCAUCAAGGGCACAGCAGAACGAUAAUGGGGAUCGAAGUUCAGAAGGACGGAACGCUGGUGCUUUUGGUUCUGGAUCCGAGUCACUCGCCCCAGCAGAUGGCUCAGUUCGGUGACACAAGCUCUUCGGCGGGUGCUCUUCGGUUGCUCAGGAAGAGCGAGGCUUCGAUGAAGGCUCGCCAGUAUCAGAUCGUCGCGGUCGUCGGCACUCUCGACACCGAGGAACAAUAUCAGCAAAGCAAAAUAUUGAGGGGCCACAGGAUCCCUCAAGAUCGGUGAGGCUGACAUCGGGCAUCGUCCGCACUAGAGAUCUCAAAAUUGGCUUGUUUAAAUACUAUAUAUAUUAUAUAUUCCACGGUUUUAGUCUAAUGAAUUCACACCACCUUUGCUGUUCAUGAAUUUUCGAGGAACGUUUCUUUUUCUGAUUUAAAAAACAAACUACAACAACAAACCCGAAACAGAACAGAAACCGAAAGAAGUGUACUAUAAUAUCCAUAACAGAUUCUUAAUUACAUUUUACAAACUCUAUAACCAUAAUUCAACAGUUUAAUCAGAGAAAAUAUCUAUUUUACGCACCGAACAUUUGUUUUAAUGAAAGAAAACAGCAAGUAACUUAUUAAACCUUAAGGAUUUAUAUAAAUAUAAUUAAUGAAAAUAAUAAAACUUAAUUGACGUCCAUCAAAGAGAGAGAGAGAGAAUCUAUAAUCAGAUUUAAAGGGAAAAAAAGGUAUAGAAAAUAUCACUAAGUAAGGAGAUGAUGAUACCAUGCGUUGGUGGCAUUGAAUCAAAAAAAAAAAAAUUAUACAUAUUUUUUCAUUACUGAAGCGAUCAUUUUCAUUCGUAACUUAAAGAAAUUUUAACGCUUGUUAUUAAGAAUUAUUAUUAUUAUUAAAUGUAGUGAGUUUUUGUCUAGACACCGGUGUUUCGUUUCGAUUUGUUUUCAGUCAUUAAGAGAAGAACAAAAAAAUA